AUGAACGCAGAGCCAGCGCCGCUUGCUGAUAGCCGCAUAUGGCCCUUCAAGGCUCUCGUGCCGAUAGAUAUACAGAACCACCAGCAGCACCAGCAGCAGCAGCAGCAGCAGCAGCAGCAGCAGCAGCAGCAGCAGCAGCAGCAGAUGCAGAUGCAUAUACAACAACAACAGCAACUGGUUAUGCAGCAAGAAUUUCAAGAAAGAGAACGAGAAACAGAUAACAAACACAGAGAUGUAUGGAAUAUCAUGCAGCAGCAGCAGCAGCAGCAGCAGCAGCAGCAACACCUGCAGCAACAGAUACAGCAGCAGCAGCAACUGCAGCACAGCAGCAGCAGCAGCAGCAGCAACACCUGCAGCAACAGAUACAGCAGCAGCAGCAACUGCAGCAGCAACUGCAGCAGCAGCAGCAGCAGCAGCAAGUGUGGAUGGGUGAAUGCUGGCAGGCAGACGCCCACGACGUGA